UCUUAAUAAUUGUAAUAUAAACAAACAUGUCCACUGAAAAGGUCUACACAUUCGAAGAAGUCUCCAAGCACAACACCGCCCUGGACCUCUGGGUCGUGUACGACGGAAAUGUCUACGACGUUUCCACCUAUCUUGAUGAGCACCCAGGUGGUGAAGAAGUUGUCAUUGACUGUGCUGGUACUGAUUCUACUGAAGCUUUUGACGACAUUGGACACUCUGAUGACGCCAAGGAAAUCUUGGAAGGUUUGUUGAUCGGUAAGUUGGAAGGUGGUGUUCCAAAGAAGACUCAAUCUACCGAAUCCAACAGCCAAGAUGCCGGUGUCCCAGUCCCAUUAAUCGCUGCUGUUGUCUUGGCCGCUGCUGUUGGUGCUUACUUCUACCUUAACUAGACGCUCGACGAGCAAUACAAUACAUUAGCCUAUUCACCAGGGGUGGAGUUCUUUAAUUAAUACA